AUGACAAAGACCGGGCCCGUUGCAUCCAUGGAUUACUCCCAUAUGUGGUUUCCAGACAUCAGAAUGUCAAAGCCAGUAGAAGUUGAGAAUCCAGCCGCAGAUUCUCCAAUGGAGAGCACAGACUCAGAAAGAAAUGGCUCAGAUUCAAGUAAUCAGGCUCAGCCAAUGAAAAUCAACCCUUUCUCCAUUUCACCCACAUUGAGCAGCAGCAUCAAGGCAAAGGUGGAGGAUUGUGGUGAAAUGUCUCCCACGACUGCAACACCCACUCAGACGGCUCUUACCCACACACAGCUGAUGCUGACAGGAGGACAGCUCGCAGGAUUGACUGCGCUUUUGCCUGCACAGCAGCAGCUGCUCUUACAGCAGGCGCAGCUCCUCGCCGCAGCUGUGCAGCAGUCACAUGUGGCCCACGCUGCCAAUCAACAACAGGCCCAACAGCAGGCCCAGCAGCAGGCCAAUCAGCAGGCAGCUCAGCCGCAAUCACAGGGCCAAUCGCAGAGCACACAAGAACAAGCCGCUACCGCCCCCGUCCCUGCUCCUCCUCACCAGCUCCCUCUUUCUCAGCCAAUCCAGCUCACUGCCCAGGACAUUCAGCAGUUACUGCAGCUGCAGCAGUUAGUCCUCGUUCCAGGACACACUCUGCCUUCACCCGCACAGUUUCUCUUACCACAAACACAGCAAGGCCAGCAAGGGCUGCUAUCGACACCAAAUCUAAUUCCUCUACCUCAGCAAAACCAAGGAAGCCUGCUGGCCGCUCCACCCAGACUUAGUCUUCAAGCACAGAGAGAGAAGAUUGCAGAGAGCAGCCUCAACACAGUGACCACAGUCACCUCUCACCCUGAGGAGCCCAGUGACCUGGAGGAGCUGGAGCAGUUUGCCCGCACAUUCAAGCAGAGGAGAAUCAAACUGGGCUUCACACAGGGUGAUGUGGGACUGGCCAUGGGGAAGCUGUAUGGGAAUGAUUUCAGUCAGACCACUAUCUCUCGAUUUGAGGCGCUGAAUCUCAGCUUCAAGAACAUGUGCAAACUCAAACCUCUGUUGGAGAAGUGGCUCACUGAUGCGGAAACAAUGUCGAUGGACAGUACCCUGCCGAGUCCCAGUUCUCUCUCCUCUCCCUCGCUGGGGUUCGAGGGUCUGCCUGGUCGCCGCAGGAAGAAACGCACCAGCAUUGAGACCAAUGUCCGCGUCGCUCUGGAACACAGCUUUUUAGCGAACCAGAAGCCUACCUCAGAGGAGAUCCUGCUCAUUUCAGAGAAGCUCAACAUGGAGAAGGAGGUGAUCCGCGUGUGGUUCUGCAACCGCCGACAGAAAGAGAAACGUAUUAAUCCCUCCAGUGCCACCCCUCCCUUGCCCAGCCAACCCCAGCCCACCUCGCACAAACCCCCCUGCUACAGCCCGCACAUGAUGUCCAGUCAGGGUCCACGACAGACAGUGAGCGGCCUCAGUACAGCAGUGACUACCAUGUCAUCAGUUUGCCCAAUGACCCCAAGCGGGCCCUCCUUAAGCUCCACCCCAUCUCCUGUAACCCCGCCUCCCCGUGGUGAUUCCAGUCCCGCCCCUCCAACUCACAGUACACUAAAUCUGAGCACAGGUUCAUGGCAUAAAAAGAAUGGUGACGUUUCAAACUACAUCACUGACUUUGCUGCAAGUUUGAGCUCUAGCAGCCAGUGGUGGCCAGCUCCCCAUUUCCAGUCUUGAGGGCAGCAGCAAGGUGUUAAUUGGUGGUUCUGGGGCCCAAGGAGCUGGUCUCCCUUCUUCUCUCUUCCUCAACCACUCCUCUUUGUUGCCC